AUGUUUAACAGGAAGAGAAGAGGAGAUUUCGAUGAAGACGAGAAUUACCGUGAUUUUAGGCCUCGCAUGCCCAAAAGACAGAGAAUCCCCCCUGUUGUUCAGCUAUGUAAAGAAAUGAUGCCUGAUAUACGUACUAUUGGUGAAUCUGUCAAAGCUUUCGAGGACGAUAUUAAAUUCCUGAGUGAAGCUAUAAUGAAUGAGUACGGUCAUGAAGAUUAUUUCAAUAAUGCCCUAUUGAGCACUUUCAAUGCUGUUAUUGUCGAACAACCGCAAAAGCAAGCCGCUGUUGCCUUAUUAACCAUGGUUGUUAAUUCAAAGAAUAAUGUUGCUGGGAAGAGUAUUAUCAAUUACUUUUUUGAAGAAUUACAAAAAUGGUGUAAGGAGACAUAUAAUGAGGAAUUUAAAAAUACAUCAAAUGAAACUGGGCCAUGGAAUAAGAUUAAAUUGAUCGUGAGAUUCUUGUCUAUUCUAUCACCAAUGUUUUUGGUCGAUGAAAUAAUCAAUAUUUAUAAGAAUUUAUUCGAAUUGAGUAUCAAAUUGAACAACCUGGAUCCAGAUAACAGAGUCCCAGUGUCUGAGGCGAUCUACACUAACACUUUGCUAAACAUCCCAUACUUGUUCUUCUUCAAUAAAAAUAAUGAGGAUUUAAGAACAAAAGUGGAAGAGUUACUUGCAUACGUCGAACAGAAUUAUCGAACUAAAACAGUGGAUAUAAACUUGUUGAGGGAAUACAACAAUGAAUCGCCAUACGAAAUGGUGGAACUUGUUCAAGUCGUAUUGCCAAACGUCAAGAAAGCGCUGAUGAAUAACAUGGAGCAGCUGAAUGAAUUAUUUCCUAAUUGGAAUCAUUUGUUAACUCCCCAAACUGGUGACGAAGGAUUUAAUGACGCUUUGACGCUUCCAACAGUGGAACAGUUGAAAACUUUUCUGCGUUUAGAAAAAGGCUUUGGUUCUGUUGAUAGCAUGUGGAAAACACCAAGACAUGCUUUCCAUGUCUAUUUACCAAAUUCUGCUGGUAAUUUCGAAACCGUAGUUCCUAUCAACACAUAUGCUGGUCAAUUAUUCAAUGACAUCAUUAUCGAUCUAGUGCAAAGUUUAGAAUUUAAUAGAAAGGAAGUGGCAAGACAGGUAAUAACUUUGGAUCUUUUUUUCAAAGCUGGUAUCUUUACAGAACCUGGUGAAUCGAUCGCUCAACUGAUCUCUAACUAUGAAGAUAAUCCACUGACACCUACUUUUAAGAUAGAAGACUUGGCUAUCGAAACUAUUCUAGGACUUAUCUUCAAGUUGCCUAGCGUUUCUCAGCCUUUUGCGUACUUUUACACUUUGUUAGUGGAUAUUUGCCAAAAUUCUCCAAAAGCAAUUGCUCCUGUAUUCGGUAGAGCGUUUAGGUUUUUUUACAAUCAUUUGGAUUCGUUAGACUUUGAACUAAAAUUAAGGUAUUUGGAUUGGUUUUCAAUUCAAAUGAGUAACUUCAACUUUUCUUGGAAAUGGAAUGAAUGGGAAGAUGAUUCGGUGAAAUUUGGAAAGUAUUUUUAUAAUCCGAAGGUGAACUUUGCUAGAAGCCUAAUUCAGAAAGAGCUACGGUUGACAUCGAAUUUUUCAGAGGUAGAAGACAGCUUGCCUGAAGAAUUCACGAAAUAUUUGGAUACUUCUUAUAUUCCAAGGGAUCAAUUAGUUAGCUACUAUCAAACAUUAUUCAGUGGCUACACUGUAGAAGAAGAUUCAAUUAGAAAAAAUGAUCUAUACUUUAGACAGGAAGGGGUCCCUAUGGAGAAUACAGUUCGUAAGAUUUUAGACUAUACUCACAAAGCAAACAAUUCUAGAGAUGUUACUGAAUUAGAAAGCAUUUUAGAAGAACUGAAGAAUGAGCAUGGUUCCAUAAUUACUGACUUUGACAGAUUUGUUAUCAUACUAUUAGUUCAGGCUGUGGUAGACUCAGGUAGUAGAUCUCUCUCACAUGCUAACAAGUAUAUUAGUGAUUUGAAAGAGGAUUUAAAGACCAUAUUUGCCAAGAUUGAACUAGAUGUCGAAGCAAAAGAGUAUAUUAUAAUUGAGGCUGUCCUGACAUUCUGGAAUGCGAAUCCCCAAACAGGUUUCCUUGUGGCAGAUGCUUUCAAAUACGCAGGUUUGAUUACUUCCAAAACAAUCUUUACCUUUAUAUUUAAUGAAACUGGUUUUGAGAAUAACGGGUUGGUUGAAGCUACCGCCAUUGAAGCUGUCUUUAGGAACUUAUCCCAGCAAAUUUCAGAAGAAAAUGAAAGCGAGAAUAAUUUUGAAUUUGUGUUUGAAAGAUUAUGCACCAUUGUCAACAACACUAUAGACUUAUUAAAUGUUACUAAUGAUGACGACAUUGAGAUACCAGAAGUAAACAAUGAAAUGGACGUUGAUGAUGUCGAAGAUGAUAAAUUGGAUUUAAAAUGGAAGUGCGUUACAGCCAUUGGAUUUAUUAAGAGUAUAUUAAGAAGGUAUUCCUAUGAAUAUCGUGAAUUAGCAGAUAAAUUCAUUGCCGGCAUUGAUAAUGCUAUUCCACAUGAGCCAACAAGGAGAACAAUUUUGAAUUGGAUCCAAGAAACGAAGAAGAUUUGA